UUUUUUUUAGCAGAAGGCCCUCACUCUAAGGACCUAGCAAUGUUGAGUCGUAUAGUACUAAAGGACAUCCUCAACUGGAGUCUCCUGCUUUUGCUUCUGUUUCUUCAUUUUUGCCUGGGCGAAGAAGAAAACAUGGAGGUGAGCAGAAGAGAUAAUAAUCCAGUGGCCAAAGUUUUGGAGAGCCACCACCAGACUGGUCAUAAAGGUUCCAGCAGCAGGGAAAACUUGAGACAGCGGAGCCAACUGUAUAAGUGGACGGUUGAGGCAGUUCAUGGUACUAGUCCUUCUACUGACCAAAAUGCCUUGAAACCAGAAGUAGAUGAUGUAGCACAGACUACCUCAGACAGAGUCCAGACAACACAGAGUGGACCUCAAAGCCCACCAGAAUGUGGUUGCCGGGGGGAUUUUGGAUUUCGAGGUUAUCAAGGCCCACCUGGACUUCCAGGACCUGCUGGAAUCCCAGGAAACCAUGGAAACAAUGGAAAUAAUGGAUUACCUGGCACAGAAGGAUCGAAAGGUGACAAAGGAGACAAGGGGGACUUGGGACUCAGAGGUGAGCGAGGCCAUCAAGGACAUAAAGGAGAAAAAGGUUAUCCUGGCAUCCCGCCAGAGCUGCAGGUUGCAUUUAUGGCUUCAAUGGCAACCCACUUUAGUAAUCAGAACAGCGGAAUAAUCUUCAGUAGCGUGGAAACCAACAUUGGCAAUUUCUUUGAUGUAAUGACUGGACGAUUUGGCGCUCCAGUGAAUGGGGUUUAUUUCUUCACCUUUAAUAUGAUGAAGCAUGAAGAUGUUGAAGACGUCUCUGUGUACUUGAUGCAUAAUGGCAACACAGUAUUCAGUUUAUACAGCUACGAAUCCAAGGGAAAAUCUGACUCGUCAAGCAAUAGCGCAGUGCUUAAACUUGCCAAAGGAGACGAAGUGUGGUUGCGGAUGGGCAACGGGGCACUGCAUGGAGAUCAUCAACGCUUUUCCACUUUUGCUGGGUUCCUUCUUUUCGAAACCAAAUAGGUCUACUCACUGGAAAUGAAGUACAAUAUUGCUAUUCGGUUUCCCUUGCUCUUUGGAUUAGCAUGGGAACAUAGUAAAAUCCCAGGGUCUGUCUUGACACCAGUAUGCUGUGAACUAUGAAACGUGGUAAGAAGAGGUUAGGCCUGAAUUUAUAUAUGCCCUUUUAUGACAUUUUGCAUCCCACUGCACAUUCUUGCCUUCUUGCUAAUGGAUAUUGAAUAGUUACCAAACGCCUAUUCCUAGUAAUUUAAUAGAGUGGUGAUUAUAGCCUCUUCUUUUUCCAUUUUCAACCAGCAAUUUUCAUAUGAUCUUGUGCUCUAAUGGAUAUUUCAUGUACAAACAUUCAGAUGGGAUAUCGUUGUAUCAACAAGUCAUGUGUGUUUGGAAGCUCCUGUGUUUUUAAAUGCAAAAAUAUAAAUUCAGGUAGUC